UUAUUCCUUCCUGAGUGUAGUACCUUGUCUUUGUUUUAUUUAACUUCUAUUGAACUCUUUCAGUUCGACAGGGCUAUUAAAGACUAUAGCACCGCAUUACUGGAAAAGAAGUAUGUGGCAGCAGCUCGCCAUCUGGAAAAGGCACGAAGUAGUUUGAAAGUGCUAGAAUCCCGCAAAGGCUUUGAGCUGAAGGUUCUGAAGGCACUAGGCACGGAGCUGACGGUGCAGACCCAGAACAUGCUCUAUCACCUGGGAGAAGAGUGGCGGCAAAUGGUUUUGUGGAAGCUUCCUCCGUCAAAAGAAAUCAGCAGUGCAGAGACAGUGAUGCAGAUGGAGUUGCACUUAUGCACGAUGCCAUUGAAGGAAGAUCAGAUCUCUGGACCACCUGUUGCUUCUGUGCUCCAGGCAUUUGCUGUGCUAGGAGAACUGCACACCAGGCUUAAACUUUUUGAUUGUGUCUCUCGAUGUGUGUGGGGAAAUGAGAAGGACUCCAGAGUGGUAUUGGCAGAGAUGCUGGGUGACAUGGUCUGGAGGAGGUAUCUGGCUGCCUCAUUCAGGAAUGUUCUGGGGUACUCGAUUCCAGCAAACAGCAGCCAAACUGAGCAGUACGUCGAGGUGAUCAAAUCCACUGAGGACUUUGAAAAACACUUGAAGAACAUGGGGUUUUUAAAAGGAGAUGCCACGGACUUACUGAAAUACGCCCGCAAUGUCAAUUCCCACUUUGCUAACAAAAUAUGCCAGGACGUGAUCGUGGCAGCCAGAAAGUUGAUGACCUCAGAAAUACACAACACUGUAAAGAUCACACCUGAUUCCUCGGUAGCGAUACCAAAACUGCCUGACUCUGGGGCAGGUGAUCAUUUAAAAAUGCACAAAGCCUCCAAAAUGCUGCACAACGAGCUGAUAAAUUUGGAGAGUGAGACCAGACUGAGCCAGCACACAUUCUCUCUGCCUACUUGCCACAUCAGUGUGUCUGUGGAGAAAUAGAGUUGGCAUUAUAGACCUACAACCAGCACAGAUCAGUGUUGUAUGCAGCUCUUUUACUCGGUGCGAAAUAUCUUCCAUUUGUUCUAUGACGUCGUGCCAAUUUACCACAAAGAGAAACUUCGAAACUGCCAGCUGCCUGCCAUUCCGAACCGCUUAUCACAUGACUGUGAUGAUGAGAGCUACCUUGUAGAUCUGGUACCUGUUAGGAGACUUGGGAUGGAGUGUUUUCUGGCCACGAUGCGUGGUGCAGCAAAGGAGAGGCUCUGGAAGAGAUUGGUCAUAGUGAAAGGAAUUUAUUUUUCCAAUAUGGCAGAGGAAAACUGUUCUGCAGCAAACAAGCAGCACAAGGCAGCGUUACUGUCUAUCUUUGCUUAUGAUUGUGGAGUUGUUAUCUUCCAGGUUCUGCACCAGCUAAAGAGACUUGGCAAAGUAUGGCAAGAUGUGCUUCCGGUCAACAUCUACUGCAAGGCCAUGGGGACCUUACUGAACACAGCACUCAGCGAGAUCAUUAAUAGAAUCACUGCCCUAGAGGAUAUCUCUGCUGAGGAUGCCGACAGAUUGCACUCCCUGUGCAGGAUCAUGCUGGAAGAAGGACCUUUGGUGUUCACUCCGUUACUGGAAGAGAACAAAAAUAAGAAAUACCAGGAGGAGGUUCCAAUCUAUGUGCAGAAAUGGAUGAUGUUCCAAGAGCUGAUGAUUAUCCUGCAGGCCAAUCUCCAAGAAAUAGUAGAUCGAUGGGCGGACGGCAAAGGGCCCCUUGCAGCUGAAUUCUCCCCCACUGAGGUAAAGAGUUUAAUCCGAGGAAAGGAUUUAAACCUGCACUUCUUUGCUUCUUAG